AUGACUGUUCGCAUCGUGUCAUAUAAUAUUUUAGUGCCCAUUUAUGCUAAUCGGCCAGAUCAUUAUACCAAAUGUCGACCUGAAUUUCUUCAAACUGAUCAUCGAUGGAAUUUGAUUAAAUCUCAUUUAGAACACGAAAUUGUUCAUCAUGAAAAUACGAUCAUCUGCUUACAAGAAUUGUCUCUUACUCUCUUGCCUAAACUUGAACUAUUUUUUCGUCGGCUGAAUUAUACGUUCUUUCAUAAUCUUUAUGGUAAACGACACAAUGAUUAUAUGGGUGUAGGCAUGGCAAUUCCAGUUUCUAUGCAACUCAAUUCAAUUUCUUUUAUCAAAAUUGGAGAUCAUAUACGCUCACUCAGUAAACCUCGUGAGAAAAAAGCCAAUAUUUUUACGUGGGGAUGGAAUCUAUACCGGUUUGCCAUGAGUAAAUUUAUACAAUUUACAUCUGAUCCAUGGGAAAUGGCCAUGGCUAGAGCCAAUACUCUCAUUUGUUUACAAAUCGUUUUAGACAGUAAACCCAUAUAUAUUGGUACGUACCACAUGCCUUGUCUUUACAAAGCGCCCGAUGUUAUGGCAAUCCAUUCUUCGGUUGUGAAGGAUUUGAUGUUUCAGUUAGCUGGUGGACAAGAUUUUAUUCUGGCAGGUGACUUCAAUAUCAAACCAUGGGAUAUAUGCUACCAAGCUUUAACAGAGAAAGAUUUUCGUGGUGUCAAUUUACCAGAGUCUAGUACUUAUGGAAUUUCUUAUCGACCUAAUACUGAACAAAUAUUGAAGAGCGCAUAUCGAGAGAAAAAUGGAGCCGAACCUGCUUACACAGAUUUUUCUGAUACAGCACCAUCACCAAAUUUUUGCGCAACAUUGGAUUACAUUUUUUUCAAUGGUCAUCUUACAGUCGAGAAAGUGUUGGAAUUACCAGAUCAUCCUUCUGGUGAAUCUUAUCCUGAUGAAACACAUCCUUCGGAUCAUUUGAUGAUUGCAGCAACAUUUCAAUUGUCAUAA